AUGUCGGCGGUGGUGUUGAUUUGCGGCGGUGGUGAAAGAGAACGAAGAAAGAAGAGGAGACAAAGGGAGAACGAAGAAAGAAGAGGAGACAGAGGAAAACGAAGAGGAGACAGAGGAGAACGAAGAGAAGAAGGAGACAGAGGAGGAGCAGAGAACGAGCGAGAAAAGAAGGAGAAAAAGAGAGAGAAUGAGCAGGAAAGAGGAGUGAGAACGGAGAGGGAAGAGGAGAGGAGAGAGGAGAGAGAGAAGGAGAGGAAAGAAAAGCGGCAGAUGGAGAAGAGGGGGUUGUUAGGGUUUCUAAAGAUUUUAGACACAAUGGCCAGAGUCAAACAGACGGCCAGAAAAUCUAGGAGUCGGCGCACUAUGUCAGUGCCAGCCGAUGAGGUUGUUCCAGACAGGGAACAGAGGGAUUUGGAGGAGAGUGGUUCUGAUGAAGAGGCUCCCUCUACUUCCGGGAUCUCAGGAGUACGAGAGGAAGGCGGUGAGGAAGCCGCCUCCUCUAAUGGAAUCGAUGACGACGAGGCCGGUGAAGGGUCAAAGGCCGAAUCUUCUGGCUCUGACCCGAAUAACUUUGCGGCUGACUAUCAGCAGCCGCCUAAAGUCGCUGACCACCCUAACCCAAAAAGGACCAGAAUGCUUCCGGGUGACAUCGCCCUAUUAAGAAGCGACUAG